AUGGGUUAUUGUUUUUUCCCGUGUCCAGGGAAGAUGAACUUGCCGAGGCCGGUGGCUGUGCUGCGCCUGCCUAGAGGACCAGACUCUCACAGCCGAGGAUUCGACCCCCAAUCCCCGCGUUUCAUUGCCUUGUGCCGGCCGUCCAUCCCCUGCUCCCUGGCCUCGGAGGUGGACGCUGAUGGCCUGCAGCAGGAGCAGCAGGAGCGCUCCCUGCUGCGAGAGCGCUUCCUCCGCUGUUUGCUGACUAUGGCCAACAGGAAGGUGCGCUUCAACAUGUAUGAACACGUGAAGGUGGACGCCACGUUUGGAGCGUCAGAUAUUGACGUUCUCAACUUCCAGGUGUCAGACCUGCACACCCCUAUUGGCGUUCAAAAGGAGGCUCUGAUCCGCGCUCAAGAUGUUAUUUCACUCACUUUUGACUUAUGA